GAAGAGGGUGUGUAACUCUGAGCGUUCAUAAUGUUUUGAGUCAGGCUGAGAAAGCAGAGCAGCAGAAGAAGCGAAGCGGCGCGAACUGAAGGCACGAGAGCAUGAGGAGCAGCAGUCAGUGUGAACGCGGAGCAGCUCAGAGUCAGAGUCCGAGUCCGAGUCAGAGCACGAUGAGCCCAGCACACAACUCAGCCCUGAUGCUCGCUGUCCUCUUCAUCUCCGUCAUACCCAUCACCACAAGUGCUCCUGUGCUCUUGAAUCCAUCUUCAAUAGAGCAUGAGCAGUUACUAACCCAGAUAACUGAUCUGUGCUCGUUCUACCUCUCUGCAGACCCAUCUUUCAGAACAUCUGAUGUCCUGGAAGACUUGUGUUUCCUAAUGCUGGGAUCACUGCAAAAAUCAGAGGAGAUCACAGCUCGAGAGACCAGCAAAAGGUUUUUAUUUCAUUAUACUAAACCAAAUGGUGCAGGAUUGUCAGAUGGGACGUCUACUGUGUUGCACCCUCUUCUGGAGCUCAUACCCCAGCUUGCCAGAAGAAGAAGCAGGAGAAUGAAAUUAAAUGAUGACCUUCAGGGGCCCGGACGGAUCCAGAGCAGAGGAUACUUCCUUUAUCGGCCACGAAAUGGAAGAAGAUCUGAUGAGUAUGUGUAAAACAAUAAAGAACUGAAAAGACAGCAUCUCCCAACCCCGUCCUGCAGGUGUCCUUAUCCAGAGCCAGUCAACCUUGAAACGUCACGUUACUUGCUCCAGAAAACCCCCCUCUAUUGAAUUAUGAUGUUUAAUGUACAGACAGAAUCCAAAUAAAGUAUUUUAUCUGUUCAGAUGUUCCUGUUUGUGUAACUGUGCCGUGUCUUUUGAAUUAAAAGCAUUAUAAAAUAUUUCUUCAUUGUGCCAGUGUGAUUUUGACCAAACUCACUGUAUGGGUUUCACUGUAUAUUGGAAUGUUACCAAAGAAGAAAGAAAUAAAACCUUUCCCCCC